AUGGAAGAAAACGUAAAUUUUGACAAUGAGGUCCUAGCUUAUCUUACUGUUAGAAAGGAUCAACUUAUUGACAGCCACAAGCACUAUAUUCAAAGUCAUCCUGAGAUUAGAGAGGUCUUGAACGAUUUCCUAUCCUCAAAUGAUGUAUUUGUUUUCGCAAAAGAGUAUUAUCAUCCCUUUAACCCAACUCCAUUGAAAUACAAGCCUCUCAUUGUCGUAGGUCCAUCAGGUGUUGGCAAAGGUACCUUAAUCAAAGAAAUUAUUAAUAAAUACGGAGGACUCUUCGAAUCAAAAAUAUCUUAUACAACUAGAGCUAAGAAAAGCUUUGAAAAGUCCGAAGGCAGCUAUCAUUUCAUCACAAAAGAAGAUUUCAUGAGAAGAGUUGAAAGAAAUGAAUUUGUUGAGUGGUGCAAUGUGCAUGGUAAUCUCUAUGGAACUACUUUUGCUGAGUUAGAUAGAAUCAAGUAGAAGGGUAAAAUCCCCAUUAUUGAAGUAGAUGUCCAAGGAGCAAUUAAAAUAAAUGAGAGAGCUAUUGAGGGCAACUUCUUGUUUAUCUAUCCACCUGCCUUUGAAGAACUUAGAAAGAGACUUGGUACCAGGACUGAAACAGAAGAGGAAUUCAAGUUGAGAAUUUAGAACGCUAUUAAGGAGAUUGAAAUGGCAAACAACUCAGUACUGUUUACCAAUAGAUUAGUUAAUGAUGAACUAGAGCAAGCAAUCGAUCAAUUUUACACUCUUGUUGAGGCCCUGUAUUUCCAAGAACUCAAGAAUCUUAAGGAGCAAUAGCAAAACUAAUGA